AUCCCAGCUGCCUGCCAAGUCUGACUGCGGCUGUCAGGAGCUGUGACCUGUGGAGCCCUGAGGAGUAGCCGCUCAGUCGCAGCCAACCGCAGCCGACACUUGGGUCCACCAUGAACUGGGGGUCUUUUCGAGGGCUCCUGAGUGGGGUCAACAAGUACUCCACAGCCUUCGGGCGCAUCUGGCUGUCCCUGGUCUUCAUCUUCCGCAUGCUGGUGUUCCUGGUGGCGGCAGAGAAAGUGUGGAGUGGCGACCACAGCGAUUUCGACUGCAACACCCUCCAGCCGGGCUGCCCCAACGUCUGCUUUGAUACCUUCUUCCCCCUGUCCCACGUGCGCCUCUGGGCCCUGCAGCUCAUCCUGGUCACGUGCCCCUCGCUGCUGGUCGUCAUGCACGUGGCCUACCGGGAGGCUCGGGAAAGGAAGCACCAAGAGGCGACUGGGGAGAAGGGUCGGCUGCUCUACCCAGACCCCGGCAAGAAGCGGGGUGGCCUCUGGUGGACGUAUGUCUGCAGCCUGGUGUUCAAGGCCGGCGUGGACACCGCCUUCCUCUACAUGUUCCAAGCCAUCUACCCCAAAUACCUCCUCCCUCACAUGGUCCAGUGCCAUGUGGACCCCUGCCCCAAUAUCGUGGACUGCUUCAUCUCCAGGCCCACAGAGAAGAACAUCGUCACGCUCUUCAUGGUCAGCACGACCGCCGUCUGCAUCCUGCUCAACCUCGUGGAGCUGUUCUACCUGGUGGGCAAGCGGCUCAGCGAGCUCCUGGCAAAGAGGAGAGCCCGGGCCACGAGCCAGGAGCAGCAGCCAGCCUGUGCCACCUCUUCCCACAAACAGCACGAACUCUGCUUGGGCGGACUCCAGUUUCUGGGCUCGGGUGCUCCCCCUCCUCUCUUAGCAGACCACCCUCAAAAGCAUGUGAAGAAAACCGUCGUGUGAGGGGCUGCCUGGACUGGGUUGACGGGGCGGGCCUGGACUGGAAGGCUCCAGCCUCACCCACGGAGCAGCCUGGGAAGGGGCAAGGCGGGGAGAGAACUGAACUGCGAGUUGGAGGCAGGAGACAUGGAGGAGCCCGAGGUCUGGGAUCUAACCCCCAUUCCUCAUCUCCAGCCACUGCCUCAGCCGUGGGCCUGGGGCAAUUACCCCCUGCUCUGCCCGUUUCCUUUACUGUAAAACGGAGAUGCUGAGAGCCACCCACGGGGUUGAGCGAUGUAGGUUCAGUCAGAGAACAGGUGCACAAGUGCCUUCGACAC